GUUCCCAAGUUCGAGCUCAUUCUUUAGACAGCUCUAUCUUGGCACAUACCAAGCUACAUUUCCUUGCAAAAGAUCACCAACGAUGCGAUCGUGCAAGUCAUUUCUAGGCCUUGUGGCGUUUGCUUUGGGAGCUUCAGCACAGUAUAGCAACCAGACCGCGCCGACUAAUGGGAGCCUAGCAUCGACCUGUCUUUGCUUUCCUGGCGAUGCAUGCUGGCCAUCUACUACACAGUGGGAUGCGUUUAACGCAACACUUAAGGGAAAACUCAUUGCAACCGUCCCGCUAGCCAGCCCUUGUCACAUCGACGGCUUUGAGACAUAUGAUGUUGAUAAGUGUAAUGCUGUUCGAAACAACUGGUGGUACCCAGAGACUCAUUACACCACAUCAUCUUCUGUCAUGACACCUUUCUAUGCCAAUAGAAGCUGCGACCCUUUUUACCCAGAAGAUUUCCAAUGUGUAUACGGCACCUAUGUUCGAUACGCCGUCAACGCAAGCUCAGCGUUGGAUUAUCAACUAGCUCUUUCUUUUGCUAGUCUUCACAAUAUCCGCCUGGUUAUUCGCAAUACUGCGCAUGACUACCACGGAAAAUCAACUGGAGCUGGAGGCUUGGCAAUCUGGACUCACAACAUCAAAACUAUUGUAAUUUCGGAUUAUGACAAUGAGUCAGUAGACUAUUGUGGAAAAGCAAUCAAGAUCGGUGCUGGCGUUCAAGCUUCUGAGCUUCUUGAAGCUGCUCACGAAGCGGGUUAUCUGGCCGCCGUUGGUUACGCUGGAUCCAUUGGAAUCACUGGUGGGUAUGCACAAGGAGGUGGAACCGGUCCGCUUGCCUCUGUGAUAGGGCUGGGAUCUGAUCAAGUUCUGGAAUGGGAGGUUGUCACUGCAGCGGGAAAAAUCGUUACUGCCACAGAAACGAAUGAAUAUUCGGAUUUAUACUGGGCUUUGUCCGGAGGUGGAGGUGGAACCUAUGGUGUUGUUCUUUCCGCGACAUAUAAGCUGUAUGAGGAUAUGGAGACAAUUGGGGGUAACCUUACAUUCUACAACACAGGCACUUCUCAGGACAACUUUUACGGUGUCAUCGGAAGCUUUUUGGAAGCUCUUGAUGCAUAUACUGCGGCAGGUGGUGGAGUUAACUGGCUCAACACUGGCUCAUACUUUAGUAUGGCUCCCGCAAUAGCCGCAGGAAUGAAUCAAACACAGUUCGACUCAUUUUUUGCUCCGACGCUCUCGAAAUUGAAGGAGAACAAUAUGUCAUAUGUAUAUGCCUCCGAGACAUAUGAUACUUUUGCGGAUGCUUAUAACGGCCAAGCGGGACCUGAGAAUAUCACCAAUUACAAUAUCGGAGGCCGACUAGUUUCACGUGAUGUGGUAAAAAGCAACGUUACCGGAGUCCUAGAUACUAUCAAAUGGAUGAACGACCUUGGGGUUGUGGUAGCAGGUUUAGCACUUAAUGUGGAGGCUACGGAUGAGACGCCCGAGAACUCCGUGAACCCUGUGUGGCGUGAUACGCUUUUGUCUAUCACCACUGGACUGGCCUGGGAUGACACUGAUUGGAACGCGAACUUAGCUAGUCAAGACCUAAUCACCAAAACUAUAGUCCCGAGAUUAGAGGCACUGACCCCUGGAGGAGGAGUAUAUCUCAAUGAAGGCGACCCAAACCAACCAGACUUCCAGCAAAACUUUUAUGGCCGCAGUUACGGCCGUCUGUUAUCGAUCAAGAACAAAUAUGACCCCAAUCAUGUGUUUUACGGACCUACAGCCGUUGGAAGCGAGUAUUGGACAGAAGAAGCUGACGGAAGACUUUGCAAAAGCAAUUAGAUCGUGGCAAUUUAAUUUUAAUAUGAAUAUUGGACGAAGUUGGAUGAUUUACCGAGGACGGGAUGCAAAGAGACCAGUGUUCUAAUUCUUCUGACCCCCCCUGCUCUCCUUUUAUGUAUAUAAGCAAGAGGUCUCCUCGACCUAAAAUUCUUAGAUUAUAGACUCGAAUAUAAUACGACUCGACGUUGUUCAAUUGCAUUCUCUUGCUUCAACGGCGUCCAUAGCUUAUCGAAUUGUUAGUUUGAGAAUAAUACUAAUGACGGAGUACCUACUAGGGUUGCGAAUUGACAGUCGAGUCA